GCCACACUGGACCUGUACAAGCUGCUGAGGACCAGUUGCUGCUUCUUGUCAAUCAUGGUGUCUGAAGUGUCGCUGAGGGUCUCCUGGAUCUGUUUGCUGAUGUUUAGCAGUGGAGCUUGUUUUCCUUUCAAGAAUGAAUACAAGUACCCGUACGCUAGAGUGUCGACUAGUCCUACUCCUGCAUUAGCACUAGAUGAUGACUCCCCUAAGACCUUCCAGUCUGGCCCGGCUGCUUAUCGGCCUCCUGCUCCUGGCUCAUCCACUGGAAACCAGUCUCCUCUCAGUCUUGGAUCUCCCAACCAGACUACUGGCUCGUCACCCAGAUACCAGCCUAACCAGUUUGUUCCCGAUGCCAGUGCCACCAGAUCAGCUCCUGUGGCGCCUCCCAAGGUUCCAGGGUCUUCUGCCUACGCUCCUCCGGCUGGGGAAGCUUUGAGGAAUUCACCUUCUGGUGCCUCCCUGCUUGGUCCUGGACCUUACCAGGGUCUACCUGCGGCGGGCGCUGACCCAUCCCACUACUGGAGGCAGUCUUGGGUUUUCCCACAUUUCAGCGUCUGGGAUACAGCCGCCAGGAUUCCUCCACGUCGCCAGGGCAGACCUUUUGUUUCUGCUCCCUUGACCGUGAUCACCCAGUCCAGAAACGGGUACUGGAGAUCCGCGGUGCGCUCCUCCCGCUCCAGGUACAUUCCAGAGUACUAGCCACCUGUAGCUGGACCUGGUCCAAAGGAGGAAUGCAGGUAUAUUAAGGUGACGGUUUCUGACAGCUUUUCUGGAAAGUGCUUUUUAAGAAACGUUAAUAAAAAAUGAGAACUUCACUUUU